AUGCCGCGGAUACAGAAGAAGGGCCAGGCCGGCGCGGCCAAGAACUACGUCACGCGCAACCAGGCCAUCCGCAAGCUGCAGAUCAGCCUGCCCGACUUCCGCAAGCUGUGCAUCUGGAAGGGCAUCUACCCGCGCGAGCCCCGGAGCAAGAAGAAGGUCUCCAAGUCGUCGACCAGCUCCACGACCUUUUACUACGCCAAGGACAUCCAAUACCUGCUGCACGAGCCGCUGCUGCAAAAGUUCCGCGACCAAAAGGUCCUCGAGAAGAAGAUCUCCCGCGCUCUCGGCCGCGGCGACGUCGGCGAUGCGAAGCGACUCGAGGGCAACGCCGCCAGGCCCGACAAGACCGGCAAGCCGCUGUACACGCUCGACCAUGUCAUUCGUGAGCGCUACCCGACGUUUGUCGAUGCGCUGCGCGACCUGGACGACUGCCUGUCCAUGCUCUUCCUCUUUGCGAACCUGCCAUCCACCUCCAGCGUCCCUGCCAAGAUGAUUGCGCGGUGCGAGCGCGUGUGCCUCGAGUUCCAGCACUAUCUCAUCGUCUCCAAGGCCGUCACCAAGUCCUUCUUGUCUAUCAAGGGCAUCUACUACCAGGCCAACAUUCAGGGCCAGGACAUUCUCUGGCUGGUGCCGUACAAGUUCAACCAGCGCAUCGUCGGUGACGUCGACUUCAGGAUCAUGGGUACCUUUGUCGAGUUCUACAUGACGCUGCUUGGAUUCGUCAACUUCCGACUCUACACGGCCAUUGGCCUCAAGUACCCUCCCAAGUUCGACGCGGUCAAGGACGAGAACGCCGCCGAACUCGGUGCCUUCACCCUUGAGGGCAAGGCGCUCAUGGGCGUCGAGGAGGCGAAGCAGCUCGAGGAUGCGCCCCACAAGCCUGAUCCCAAGGUCCAGGCCGCCGUGAACAAGGUCCUCAAGACCAUCAAGGGCACUGAGGAGCCGACUGAAGCGAACGGCAACGAGGAUGUCUCCGAGGAAGCCACCAACGAGGCCAUUGACAAGUUCGAGCCGGCUGCAGAGGGUGGCGAUGAGUUGCCCCAACCUGCGGCUGCCGGAGGCAGUGGAAACUCGCUUUUCGCCAACUGCACCUUUUACCUUUCCCGCGAAACUCCCCGACAACCCCUCGAGUUCCUUCUCAAGUCGUUUGGCUGCAAGCGCGUUGGUUGGGAUGCCGUCCUUGGAGAUGGCGCUUUCACAACCAACGAACUGGACCCGUCAAUCACACAUCAGAUUGUCGAUCGGCCCCCGAUACAAGCCGUGGCCGACGAGGACGAGGAUGCGGAGGACAACCAGACCUCGCAGAAACUGGCAGCGAACCGCCGUGUUCCUGGACGGACAUAUGUCCAGCCCCAGUGGGUCUGGGACAGCGUCAACGACGAGGAGCUCAAGGAGCCGCACCUGUACGCCCCUGGUGCCUCGCUGCCACCCCACCUGAGUCCUUUCGUGAGGAAGGUGCAAGGCGCCUACGACCCUACGAUGCCCCUCGAGGACCAGGAGACCGAGGCAGAGGCUCUGGAGGCUGCGGACGCUGAUGCCGACGAGACCGCGGAGGGCAUGGACGUUGCAGGGUCGGAAGACGAGGCCGACGAGGAGGGUGAUGAGGAUGACAUGGACGGAGUCGAGGCCGAGGACGCUGAUGAGGACGAGGAUGAGGAUGAAGCAGACGCCCGGCAGAAGGAGCUCGAGGCCGAGCUGACGGGCGCUUCGGUCAAGACACAGCCCAAGACCAAGGCCCAGGCCAAGGAGGACGCCAAGAAGGCGUUGAACAAGAAGGCCCGCGAAGAGGCGGAAGACCUGGAACGGGCCAAGGGCAUGCUGAGCAAGAAGAAGCGGAAGCUCUACGAGCAGAUGAUCUACACUAAUAACAAGAAGAGCGCUGAGGACCAGAAGCUGCGGUCGAAGCGGAGAAAGCUGGAAAAGGAAAAGGGCAAGGGCAAGGCGUAA